AUGUCGACUGGCGACAAGGCUGCCUUUCACGCCGGCGAGGCCAAAGGCCAAACUCAGGAGAAAACGGAUAAUUUGUUCGGAAAAGCUUCGAACGCGGCUUCUGGAGCUAAGGACAAGACGGCAGAGACGGCGCAGGCGGCAAAGGAUCAUGCAGUAGAGGGAAAGGACAAUGCUGGUGGCUUUCUACAGCAGACUGGAGAGAAAUUGAAGAACGCGGCGCAGGGAACUACCGACGCUGUGAAGAACACUUUGGGAAUUGGAGAGGAGAAUAAGGGAAACUAG